UGCGUCGCCGCUCAAAUGCUUUCUCACCAAGGAUCAACCGCCUACCUGGACCCUCCCCACUUCAACUCCAGCUGCUCCUGUCACUUUGGCAGCCGCUGAUUCUAUCUAUAACAAACCUUCCAACCCAGAUACAUUGCAUUACUCCUUCACCCGGCUGGUCCCGAAUUCCCUCCACUACGGCGACAAUUGGCGAACCUCCGAAGCGAUUCAUCUUACAGCCGACGACCUGCACACGAACACGUUGUCAAUUUCAGCGCCGAUAAAGACGUAAAAAAAAAGAAGGCCAAGACCCCGGUCGAAUCCCAACUGAAGAAAGCGGGGGAGCGAACCUGAAAGAGCAAGACACAGCCUCCAAAGGCGAAGCUGCUGUCAUCUGCUUGCACCCACAAGUCGCCGCCCGCAGCAGUCCCGCCGACGCGUCACCAGCCCGCUCCGCAUCAUUGAUUCUGCAAACCGACGCCGCCAUAGACUUCGACGGAGGUCCACGAAGUCCGGCCCUCCCGUUAGUGUCUACAAUACGUCACUGACCAAACACUGCAAAAAGUGUCACGACUGGAGCCAUCCUCCCCCCGCACGUCGCAAAGAUGAGCAACUCACGGAUAGACUCAGGCUUGCCGGCCCAACCAAAUUUACGAGUUACAAUUAUCGCCGCCGACGGGCUGUACAAACGAGAUGUAUUCAGGUUUCCCGAUCCAUUCGCCGUGGCUACCAUCAACGGCGAGCAGACCAAGACUACAUCAGUGUCAAAGAGGACGCUUAACCCCUACUGGAAUGAAAGUUUCGAUUUUCGAGUGAACGAGGACAGUAUAUUGGCGGUGCAAGUGUUCGACCAGAAGAAAUUCAAGAAAAAGGAUCAAGGAUUCCUGGGUGUCAUCAACAUCCGCAUCGGAGACAUCAUCGAACUAGCUGCCGAUGCCGACGACCAGAUGCUCACACGAGACUUGAAAAAGUCGACCGACAAUUUGGUGGUUCAUGGCAAGCUGAUUGUAAACCUGUCGACCAACUUAACAACCCCGGCACGGGGUCAGCAACAACUUGCUAUACCGCAUCGACCAGCGGUAGGAACCCCCCAGCCGUCUUCAGCAUCAUCACUGGCGGCAGGAACUGUCGAUAACAGACCGAACUCGGCCAUGGGUGGAUCCAACGGCUCUACGCAUUCACCACAACCCGCACAUCGCCCUGUUAGCAUGAAUGCUACACCCACAGUACCUCAGAAUGGCGCUUCCACACAGAACCGGAAUAGUAGUGCCAUGAGCCCGUUCGAGGAUGCGCAGGGUCGUUUGCCAGCUGGGUGGGAGAGGAGGGAGGAUAAUCUGGGAAGAACGUAUUACGUGGAUCAUAACACUCGCACGACGAGCUGGAAUAGGCCUACCGCGGCUGGCGGUGCUGCGGAGUCACGGAACGCUCAGGAAGCUGCCACUCAGGUCGAACGACAGCGCCACCAGAACCGCACACUACCCGAGGAUCGCACGGGUGCAAACUCGCCGACUUUGCAGCAGCAGCAACAGCAGCAGCAGCAGGCCGCUGCACAGGCAGCCAACAACCAAACCAUGAUGCAUACGGGUGCCACUAGUCCCGGUACUGGGGAGUUGCCGCCUGGUUGGGAACAAAGGUUUACUCCCGAGGGCCGACCUUACUUUGUCGACCAUAACACCAGGACCACAACCUGGGUUGACCCUCGCCGGCAGCAGUACAUAAGGAUGUACGGUGGCCAGAACAAUGCCAAUGGUACUAUUCAGCAGCAGCCCGUCUCACAACUGGGUCCAUUGCCGAGCGGAUGGGAAAUGCGGUUGACCAACACCGCAAGGGUCUACUUUGUGGACCAUAACACUAAGACCACGACGUGGGACGACCCCAGGUUACCGUCAUCUCUGGACCAGAACGUCCCGCAGUACAAGCGUGACUUUAGGAGGAAGCUCAUUUACUUCCGCUCACAACCUGCUAUGCGGAUACUUCAGGGCCAGUGCCACAUCAAGGUGCGGCGUUCUCACAUUUUCGAGGACUCUUUUGCGGAGAUAUCUCGCCAGUCGGCAACAGACCUGAAGAAGAGGUUGAUGAUCAAGUUCGAUGGAGAAGAUGGUUUGGACUAUGGUGGUCUCUCGAGAGAGUUCUUUUUCUUGCUCUCACACGAGAUGUUCAAUCCUUUCUACUGCCUGUUCGAGUACUCAGCACACGACAACUACACCCUGCAGAUUAAUCCCCACUCUGGCAUCAACCCAGAGCAUCUCAACUAUUUCAAGUUUAUAGGGCGUGUUGUUGGGUUGGCUAUCUUCCACCGAAGAUUCCUCGACGCCUUCUUCAUCGGCGCGCUUUACAAGAUGGUUCUGGGCAAGUCUGUAGCCUUGCCCGACAUGGAGGGUGUCGAUGCCGAUUUCCACCGGUCUCUACAAUGGAUGUUGGACAACGAUAUCUCGGGUGGCAUUUUGGAACAAACCUUUUCCACUGAGGAUGAGCGAUUCGGCGUCAUAACCGUCGAAGACUUGAUCCCGAACGGAAGAAAUAUUGACGUCACAAACGAGAACAAGAAGGAGUACGUUGACCUGAUGGUCAAGUGGAGGAUUGAGAAGCGUAUUGCGGAGCAGUUUGAGGCGUUCAAGACGGGUUUCCAUGAACUGAUCCCUCAGGACUUGAUCAACGUUUUUGACGAGCGCGAACUCGAACUGCUGAUUGGUGGAAUUGCAGAAAUCGAUGUGGAUGACUGGAAAAAGCACACGGACUACCGAGGAUACACCGAGCAGGACGAGGUUAUCCAGUUCUUCUGGCAGACCGUACGAUCAUGGGAUGGCGAGCAGAAGUCACGUCUUCUGCAAUUCACUACUGGUACAUCCCGUAUCCCGGUGAACGGUUUUAAGGAUCUGCAGGGAAGCGAUGGACCGCGGCGCUUCACGAUCGAAAAGGCGGGCGAGAUCAACAACCUCCCCAAGGCACACACUUGCUUCAACCGCUUGGACCUUCCUCCAUAUAAAUCACUGGAGAUGCUCCAGCAAAAGAUGACUAUUGCUGUUGAGGAGACGAUGGGUUUCGGUCAGGAGUAGUGUUAGUCGAUACUUUACUUGUCUCCUUGUAUGUGUAUAGAAGCCAGGAGCGCAAGACAGGAUGGGAACGGAGGAAUGUUACACAACAGUCUUUUUUUCUUUCUCUUCUCGUUUUCUUUUUUAUUAUCCGAAACAUAUUUAUCCGAACAGCGCCUUGGGACUGUCGGUUUAUUGGACAGCACUCGUUGAAUUUCCUUAGUGAAGAAUCAGCUUACAUUAAUAACGAUUUAAGUGUGCCUGCUUACCAGGCAUAUUGAGUCACUAAUUUUUGAUGUUGAAAGAAUUCGUCCGUUGGUG